CAAAUGCCGACACAUAUUUCCGAUUUCUAAAAAUAGAAUACACUAAAUACUGCAAUGCCACCUCCUGAAAGAUGGGAGAGGUACCGAGCACUAGGAACGGUUAUUCCUGGAACAAGGCUGAUAACAUUUAAAGUGCCCCUGAAGAAGACCUUGUGUGAAAAACUUCCAGAAGAAGAACAAUUUACCCCCAGCAGUUUGGUUUCCAUGGUGAGGGACUUGGGUAGUCAGCUGGGGAUGGUCAUUGACCUAACAUUUACCAGGAAAUACUACGAUGCCUAUGAAUUAGAGAACCAGGGUAUAAGAUACGAGAAGAUUUUUACAGAGGGUCAUAACGUGCCAAAUGAUGAUGUGGUAUACAGGUUUUUUGAUACACUGGAGAGCUUUUAUGAAGCAAGUCAAGAUGACAACCAGGUGGUCGGGGUUCACUGCACACACGGAAUCAACAGGACAGGAUACGUGGUCUGCAGAUACAUGAUAGAGAGGCUGGGGUUUGAUCCAGAGAAAGCAAUGGCAGUUUACCACGAAUCUAGAGGAUAUCCCGUAGAGAGAGAAAAUUACAUAGAAGAUUUAAGAAACAGACAGCUAAACACCGAAUACAAGUAUGAAGGCAGAGAAAAACUUCCCAUGAAGAAAAUUGAGCAGGGCAAGAGACCACAUAGAAGACAUAAUAAAAGACGGAGCCGAGAAAGAGACCUUCAUAUGAAUGAUGGAUAUGUAGAUCAAAAUGAAGGCUUCCAUGGAAAUACUAAGGCACACGAUACGCAUCAACAUCAGUCUAGAUCUCAGCACGGUCACCAGGGGGGAUUCAGUCAUCACAGAGAUCAAAGACACUGGAGUCAUUACCAGGGGAACCAGCACAACUGGAAUGGAGGCGGCUACCAGUAUCAGGAGUGUAAUUGGAGACAUGAUGGGCAUAGGCAUUGGGAAGACAGAGAAUACAAUGGUGGUAGGGACUCGUAUUCUCAAAAUAAUGGAUACUAUCCACCUCAUCAUAACCACUUCUUCAGGCAGGGCUACAGGGAUGGCUACAAUGACGAACGGUCUUACUAUUACCCAAGACGAGGAAGAAAUCACAGACAUUACCAGGGUGGUGGAUCAGACAGAAAUCAGGGGGGCGGACGACAUCAAUGGGGAUCAGACAGAAAUCAUUGGGGUGGGCGACAUCAACAUCAACCAUGGGAUGACAGGUCCCAUCACUGGAAGUCAGAAAACUGGUCUCAAAAGAGGAAUAGACACGAUUCUGGGGAGAUGAAUAAAAGUGGAUCUCAAAAUUACAAGCGUCAGAAUUCUUUGUCAAAGAAAAACAAAAACUCUCCUAAUCAAAGGCACAAAGACCCAAUCAACAACCCAUGUAGCUCAACACUAGAGAAUGAGAAGACUUCAAAGUCAACAUGUGCAGAAGAUAUAGAGGGCAGAUCUGUGUGUCCACCUUCCUCAAGUUCUACAAAUAACGUGAACAGAGAGAUCCCUAGUGACUUAGUGACUGAUACUGAACUAAUAAGGAUUGCAGAAACGGAGCUCGUGAUCUCGCAGGAACACCAACCACCUGUUGAGAGUCAAACAAACUGUAUAAAUUCAAAAGAAAAUGGAGGAGAAUGUACAACAUUGAGUUGUCACAGAAAAGAGAGGGUUCAGAACAGUGACCACAACAUGGACGAUGGCGUUGAAUCGGUUCCAUGUGAAUAUUGAAGAUUCACCCUCUGUAUUAAAACAAAAGGGAAAGCAAUGAGAUGGAUAUAUUCUAAAAUACAGUUUUACAUGUAUUUCUAUAGUAUUUAUAUAAUGUACUAUUGGGGUUCACAUUGAAGUAUAGCUGGUGAGGUAAUUAUUUUUGUUGACAGUUUAAAAAAGUUUUUUAGGGAGUUGAAAACAGCAUGCAUACCCAAUUUCUCAAAUACAGCUUAUGUGAAAUUCAUUUCAUAGGGCUUGAAGUAUUUUUUCCUCAAAUGGAACCUGAUCAAUUAGCUAUAUAACAUCUUGCUCACAUUUCAAGAAUACUUUUUAAUACAUGUAACUGUUUUAGAAUUGUAACAAAAUAAAGUAUUUUACAUGUAA